GAGUCACUGUCUCCCCAACUUGUCAUGUGUCGUUUGUCCACCCAGGCCCCCAGGGUCAGGGGAGACAGCUCCAGGCCGAGGCCCCAGGGGCAGCAGCUCCCCAGGGGAGCCCACAGGCCGGGCCUUUGCGUGGAGAGCUGGGGAUGGGUGGCUAUGGGUAGAAGGGACUUUGGUGUCCACCUGGAGAUGGGGGAGUUCCUGCAGAAGCCGUCUCUAUUAGCAGCAGGUGCGCUGGGGCUCCCUGUGUCCACUCAAGGGUCAGUGGGGACAUAUUAGGCUUUCAAGGCCAAAGGGAAGCCCCGAUGACCCCUGACACUGGGGGGGCCCUGUGGCCUCCUCCACUCCACCCUUCGGGCUUCUCCCACCUCCAGGCCACGGCCUUGGGGGUUCAGCUCCUGACCCAGCAGCCCUGGGGAGGGGCAGGGAGGGGCUCAGGGGCUUCAGCCUGCCCUGGAGCCAGCAAGGGCCCCAGGCACCUGCCCAGCCCCACCCUCCCUGCCCUCCACGCAGGUGCCUGGUCUCUGCCUGCCUUGGCCUCGGGCUCCGGAGGAAGCUCUGGGGGACAGGUCCUGGGCCGGGCCGGAAGCAGCGGGCGGGGGCCUGGCGUGAGGUGGCACAGGCAGGCGAGGGUGUGCAGGCAUGCUGGCUGUCGGGGUGCUGUGGGAGCACUUCUGCCGGCCCCGGUAUUCCACCAGACCUGCUCGUCCGGCUCCCCGGGGUGUGGGGCCCCGUCAGGCCAGCCCCACGAGCACAGGGUUUGGGAGACAGAGGCUCACAAACGCGCACACACACACACACACACACACACACACACAGGCACACUUCCUAGGCACCAGGACGGGGGGGGGGGGGUGGCCUGUGGAGGUGGAGUGGGAACUGGCCAAGUCCUAGACGGCCCCCCUGAUGCUGGUGGCCAUGGCAGCCCCAUCCAGCCUCGCUCACCGUGCUCCAGAGCUGGUGACCGCUCACCCAAUGGCCCUGGAGUGGCUGGGCCUGGAAUGCAGGGAGGCCGGCCCACCCCUGGCCCCAGGGCCAGCCUGGACCUGGCUGCUCCGUGAGGGCUGAGCCAGGCAAGGCCUCGGCGCACACUUCUACAUCCCGCAAGACCAGUUUGGGGCUGUCCACACCUGCCCAGGGUCCCCCAACCAGAAGGAUUGGAGGUCAGGUCAAGGGCCCUUCUCCGCCUCCCCACUGCUGAGCCACCUGGCUGGGGGAUCCAGCCCCUUCCCCAGGGUCCUGGGUGGGUGCUGUCAGACCCAGAAUCACACCCUGCUCCAGGCCAGCCAGUGCCACCAGCAGCAGGGGCUGCACCUGGCGACACCUGGCACCAUGCCCAGGGACACCUUGGUGUGGUGCCCCAGCUCCCCUGCACCCCUGAGCUCCCACUCACUUGCGCACGCGCCACCACGCCUGUCCAGGGCCCGCCCGGGCCUGCUUCUAGGUCAGGCAGGCAGACUUCUCGGAAGGAGCAGUGGCAGGUGCUGGCCGGGCCUGGCUGAGCAUCUGGGAGGGUGGGGUGGCCAUGGCUGGGGGCAUGUGGGGCUGGGCCCGGGGGGCCCCUGUGGGGGCACUUACCCUGACAGCUCUGGCCGAGGGGAUCCAAGCCAGCCAGGGGCAGCCCCUGGCACCCCCUCCCAUGGACCCCCUGCCUGAGCCCCAGGAGUCAGAACCUGAGGCUGAAGCCCGGGACCAGCUGCCUGUCCCCACCUCUGAGGCGGAGCCCAGGAACGUGGCCACCGUCCCCAAGGCUGGCAGUGAGCCCUGCUCCCCGCGCAGCGCUCAGGAGACACCCACUGAGGGACUCCAUCAGGCCCCCCCGAGUUCCCGGGAAGAAGGGGUCCUCGCCGACCUAGCCUUGUACACAGCUGCCUGCCUGGAGGAGGCUGGCUUUGUGGGGACCCAGGCGACAGCGUUCACCCUGUCCUCAGCGCUGGAAGCUCGGGGGGAGCGGCUGGAGGACCAGGUGCAUGCCCUGGUGCGGGGGCUGCUGGCGCAGGUGCCCAGCCUGGCCGACGGGAGGCCCCGGCGCGCAGCCCUGCGGGUGCUGAGUGCGCUGGCCCUGGAGCACGCGCCGGACGUGGUGUGCGCACUGCUGCCGCGCUCGCUGCCUCCAGACAGGGCGGUGACCGAGCUGUGGCGUAGCUUGAGCCGGAACCAGCGUGUGAAUGGGCAGGUGCUGGUGCAGCUCCUGUGGGCGCUGAAGGGCCCCGCACGGCACGAGCAGGAUGCGCUGGCGGCCACGCGUGCCCUCGGGGAGAUGCUGGCCGUGUCAGGCUGCGUGGGGGCCACGCGGGGCUUCUACCCGCACCUGCUGCUGGCGCUGGUCACGCAGCUGCACGAGCUGGCCCGCGGCACACACUCCCCAGACAGCCCCAAGGUUUGGGCCCCAUCCCACCGAGGACCGCCGCACAGCCACGCCAGCUGCGCUGUGGAGGCCCUGAAGGCCCUGCUUGCAGGUGAUGGCAGUCGCAUGGUGGUUACGUGCAUGGAGCAGGCAGGAGGCUGGAGGCGGCUGGUGGGGGCCCACACCCACCUGGAGGGCGUGCUGCUGCUGGCCAGCGCCAUGGUGGCGCACGCGGACCACCACCUACGAGGCCUCUUCGCCGACCUGCUGCCACGGCUGCGCAGCGACGACAACACCCAGCGCCUCACGGCCAUGGCGUUCUUCACCGGGCUGCUGCAGAGCCGGCCCACGGCGCAGCUCCUGCGCGAGGAGGCCAUCGUGGAGCGCCUGCGCGCCUGGCAGGGCGACCCGGAGCCCACCGUGCGCUGGCUGGGUCUGCUCGGCCUGGGCCAUCUGGCGCUCAACCGCGAGAAGGUGCGGCUGGUGAAGACGCUGCUGCCGGCGCUCCUGGGCGCGCUGGGCGAGGGCGACGCACGGCUCGUGGGCGCGGCGCUGGGCGCACUGCGGAGGCUCCUGCUGCGGCCGCGAGCGCCGGUGCGCGUCCUGAGCGCGGAGCUAGGGCCGCGCCUCCCGCCGCUGCUGGACGAUGCCCGGGACUCGGUCCGCGCCUCCGCCGUCGGGCUCCUCGGGACGCUGGUGCGCCGGGGCCGUGGCGGGCUCCGCGUGGGGCUCGGCGGGCCGCUGCGGAAACUCGUGCUGAAAAGCCUGGUACCGCUGCUGCUGCGCCUGCACGACCCCAGCCGGGACGCUGCUGAGAGCUCCGAGUGGACCCUGGCGCGCUGUGACCAGGCCCUGCGCUGGGGCCUGCUGGAGGAGAUGGUCACCGUGGCGCACUAUGACAGCCCCGAGGCCCUGAGCCGUGUCUGCCGCCACCUGGUUCAGCGGUACCCGAGCUACGUACCCCAUUUCCUGAGCCAAACCCAGGGCUACCUGCGGAGCCCGCAGGACCCCCUGCGCCGGGCGGCCACUGUGCUCAUAGGCUUCUUCGUCCACCACACGAGCCCCAGGACAGUGAGCCAGGACCUGCUGGACGCCCUGCUCCAGGACCUGCGGCAGCUGCAGAGCGACCCGGAGCCGGCGGUGGGCGCGGCGGCGCAUGUGUCGGCACAGCAGGUGGCACUGCUGGCCCGGGCGCAGGGCUGUCCCCGGGGUCCGCGCCUCAUCCGCCUCCUCCGGCGCCGCGCGCGCCCGGCCCGCACCCCGCCGGUCUACGCCGACAGCCCCUUCCAGCGCCGGAGCCUGGCGGGCCGCUGGGGCAGCUCGGGACCCGGCUGAGCCCCCAAGGAUCCCGGCUGGGGCGGUCCUGAGGCCUGAGCCCGCCUCCCCCGGGCGAGCGGCGCCACCGGAUUGGGGGGCUGGGGUGGGAACGCCAACUUCCGCCCUGGAGCCAGUCCCUGGAGCCUGAUGCUGGAGGCCCCACCCCUCCAUCCGGAGCUGCCCCCCAGGCCUGGUGCACACAGGACCCCUGUCCAGGAGCCCACCCACAGCAAAGGAAUGGAGAGGGACGCCAGUGCCUUCUGUCCGACCACCAUUUCACCCCUGGCCCCCACCUUGCACCCGUGCCUCCCCGAGCCAGGCUCCAGCGGGGGUCACCGUGAAGCUGGCACAGCCCCGGGAGCUGGCAGGCCACGGGCUGCCCUCUGGCCCUCCCAGGGUCCUCGCCUCAUGCCUGGAGCCACGGCUCCCUGGAUGUGGGGCUCUCCUGGCCCCCCAGCAGCCCACCCAGACUCACGUGCCCUAUUCCUGGCUCCAGAGGCACCGACUGUCUCCUCCCGCAGCCGCUGGCCACCUUCCUGUGCCGUCCCCACACCCCGGCUCACUGUCUUGGGCCAGGUCCUAGCAUAGGUUCAGGUGUGGGGGGCCGGAUCCGUAACCCCACCAGACUGUGAGACCCUCGCGUGGGCACCCCAGGGCCUGAGCAGGCUGGACCCCCGGGGGACCCGUGUCGAAUGAGGAACCUCCAAAGCUGUGACCUCACCCCUCCGGCCCCUGCCCAGGCUGACCCCCCUGGCGUCCUCCCAGCCUCCCCCCCAGCGGGCUCACUCUCCCCUGCCUCUUAGGGGCUGGGGGACAUUUACCCCCCGACGGGGAGGCCCUGCCCCCCUGUGUCCUGGGGCCUGCCCGGGAAGCGUGUGAAGUAAAUACGUGUGGGAUGAA